GGCCUUCCUGCGCCGCCUCGCCGCCGCCAACGACGGCGCCGCCAACGUACGUUCCUACGUCCAGCAGCGCGCCUCACACACCAAGGCAUCGGGCACCUGCGGCGGAAGCGGCGGCGGAAGCGUCAGCGGCUGGGAGCUGCGUGAAGCUUACAAUGCGGCAAUUGAGGAGAUGGAGCGGUUUCGGAGCCAGCACCGAGCGUUUGCAUAUUCGUACAUUGCAAAAUGGGCCCGACGUGAGACAACGGGUACAGGCGGCAGCGACUUUAUGCCGGCACUCACUGGCUAUAGAGAUGAGACAGCUCGUCACCUUUUACUUUAA